UCAUUUGGCCGUCUGGUACCCCAACUAGGCAUCCCGUUGCAUUUGAUGGCCGUUUCUGCACAAACGCUGAUGGCUAAUGCGGAAAAGUUCCUGCAACGCAACGGCCAUGAAUCACAAUUCACACCUGCUUAUGAGUUGUGACGUUAUGUUUUUUGUUGAGUUGUUGCAUGCCGCAAGGCACGGACGUUAGGGCAGUCCAUCGGAAGAUACCGUGAAACGGUUGUUCCGCGAAACGGCGAAAACGAUAUACUUUUUACUUGUUGCCUUACUGGUUCAUUCAUUUCGUAAUUCGCGGGCUUUGUUCCUCUUCCUCCACCGGUAAGUAAGAGGACAAACCCUAAAACUGGACUACAUGGCAUAGUUCAACUCGUUUGAUGCCGGUCUCCGACAUGCGCGCACUUCGGACUCUAUACUACACCCACAGAGGGAUUCUCAAUAUUAUCAAAUCAAAUUCUACGUCAAACUCUGUUGCAUUUUCUCCUCGUCCAAUCCGAAAACUGUGUCAUAUUCGUGCUUCUAUUCGGAGAGCUAUCCAUUCCAGCAACAGACGCCACGAUGAAGAACCGAGCGUUGACGUAGAUCGCAAUAAGGGCCUGUCUAGUUCGAGUUCUUGGGCGGAUGAAAUUGAAUCGUUACGCAGAAAUAGAAGCCAUGGCGUUUGGACCGCCUAUGAACCUGUAACAGAUAGCCUUGUAACGACGAUAGGGGCUGAGGUCAUUGAGAGUCGGGAGGAAGGAUCUGCGAGCGGGGACGAAAAUCCUCUGACUUUGACUAGUUUUGAUUCUCUGGGAGGAGAUUUUAAGCGUGGGAAAUCUGCAGGGGAGGUUAAGAAAGUAGUGGUAGGAGAAGAGGAAGGGAGGAGUGGAGAUGGUACUACAAGGGCCUGGUCAGGUCAUCACUCCAAGGCGGAAAAACCGAUGCCCAACAGGGUUGUUUCAGGUGUUGAUAAUCGUGAGGGAGGAAACGAAAGAGUUUGUUCCGGUUACAGUUCAAGUGCUCGAGACAUUGUGUUGAAGAAGAAGGGAAAGAGUAAGGUUUGUUGGGUUUGCUCGAGCUGCGGAGAGUCUUUUGGCCAGUGGUGGGGGUUUUGCCAGUCUUGUGGUUCCAGUGGUACACUGACAGAAUUUACGCAAUCUGAUGAUGCUAGUAAUAAGAAGACAGGGUUUGUUGUAUCUGAAAAGGCAGUUCGCUCAUGGCUCCCCCAGCAGCCGGGUGAGAUGUCUCCUCAGAGGUUGACAGAUGUGAAGAAGGGGGUAAACCAGUUAAAAUGGCGAAUUCCUUUAUCCGGACUCUUUGGAGCUGAAGUUGCUAGGGUGCUUGGAGGUGGUCUUGUCCCAGGCUCCAUGGUUUUAGUUGGUGGUGAUCCUGGUGUUGGCAAGAGCACUCUCUUGUUGCAGAUUGCUGCAAUGCUAGCUGAAAGGCAUGAUUUUGCUCCGCCAGCUCCAGUUCUUUAUGUUUCUGGUGAAGAGAGUAUUGAGCAAAUUGGUAACCGAGCUGACCGUAUGAGAAUUGGAACUGAGGAACUUUUCUUAUAUUCAAGUACUGAUAUUGAGGACAUAUUGGAAAAAGUCCAAAAACUCUGUCCACGGGCUUUAAUUGUUGAUUCUAUUCAGACAGUUUAUUUGAAAGGUGUGACUGGAAGUCCUGGAGGUCUCCCACAGGUGAAGGAGUGCACUACAGCUUUGCUGUGCUUUGCUAAGAGGACAAAUAUACCUAUUCUUGUGAUUGGACAUGUGACAAAGACUGGAGACAUAGCUGGACCUCGUGUUUUGGAGCACAUUGUGGAUGUUGUUCUAUAUCUGGAAGGUGAGAAGCACACAACUCAUCGUUUACUUCGAUCUGUGAAAAACCGUUUUGGAUCCACAGAUGAGCUUGGAGUGUUUGAGAUGUCACAAUCAGGACUGCAGGCUGUUCCAAACCCUAGCGAGAUUUUUUUAAGUGACCAACUUUCAGAUUCAGAGGUUUUAGCUGGACUUGCUGUUGCUGUAAUUAUGGAUGGGUCCCGAACUUUUCUUAUUGAAAUCCAGGCAUUAUGUUUAUCUGGCUCGUUAGUUGCAAGGCAGUUUAAUGGUGUACAAUCAAGUAGAGCAGACAUGAUUAUUUCAGUUCUUAUGAAGCAAGCAGGACUAAAACUCCAAGACAAUGCCAUCUUCUUAAAUGUUGUUAGUGGGGUAAAGUUGACAGAGACAGCUGGGGAUCUUGCAGUGGCAGUUGCAAUUUGCAGCAGUUUCUUGGAGUUCCCCAUUCCGAAUAAUAUUGCAUUCAUUGGAGAGAUUGGCCUUGGUGGUGAACUUCGCCUGGUGCCCAGAAUAGAGAAGAGGGUGCAUGCUGCAGCAAAAUUGGGAUACAAGAAAUGUGUUGUCCCAAAAUCAGCGGAGAAGCCUCUUGCUGCCCUUGAGUUGGAUGGGAUGUCAAUUUUGGGCUGUAGGAAUAUGAAAGAGGUAAUCAACACUGUAUUUAAGGCCUAAGGAAAUUAGUUGUAAACAAAUUUGUUCUCUUCUACAAGAUACAGUUUUGAAGUCAAAUUAUAUGGCAUGCUUGUUGAAUUGAUUCUAUAUUCUGGAUGGAAUCUCUUGUCA